CACACAAAUGGAAGGUACCAAAGGAAGAUGAUUUACUACUUUAAGCACUAACUAUGAAAUGUCAAAAUUCCCUGAAGCCACAGGUUACCAACAGGAUGACUCAGCCCUUCAUAUGUCUGAGUCUCUAGGGUGCCACAAGUACUCCUGUUCUUUUUUAGAAGGGGUGAAGAGUCUGCAGAGGAUCCAGCCUAGGAAGGAGUGAAGAGGUGUGGUGGUGCUGAAUCACCCGAGAAGGCUUAAUGAGCUGACUCCACUGCAGAAGCAAAGCCUUCAGGAAUGCAUUAAUGCUGCUGCUGCUGGAUAAGUAGGAGGUGGAAAAUAAAUAUAUAGGCUUGGAAGCUGCAGGCUGGCAGGAGCUAGCGAACAUAGUUGAAUAGCAGGAAAACACGACGUUACAUGUCAUAAAUGACACCCUCAUUUACUAGUUAGUGCAGUACAGAGUAGUAUGUUGAUUCUGUUAUUAUGUUUUAGUUGAUAAUUGAAGUUGCUUAUGAGCUUGGCAUCUUUUACUGGAUAUGUGGCAGUAUUUUUCCAUGCAUUCAUGUGGGGAAAAAUAGGCCAGUGACACAAGAGUACUCUGUUUCCAAAGGGAAUCAGUGGCCUGCUGUUGCUUGUUACCAAGGUGUUAGCCUCUUUCUGUUUUUUCUUAGCUUAGUAUUGAUUAAAGAUUUCAGCUAUUAGUGCUGUCAGUCGGACGUCUUCUACUGAUUAUAAUAAAUACUAUGUGGACAACAGCAACACAAGCAAAAUAUAAAGGGGACCAAGAUAACAAGAAACACAGGCAGAAUAGUAAAGUGGAAAGUCCAUGCUAAUCCAUAAGGAGAGAAAAUAACGUGCCAUUAUACCUGAAACCCAGAUAUUCAAAGAGAAGGAGACAGUUGGGGAGCAGUAAUACUGAGAGGUUUGGGGUGAUAGUAGACAGUAGGUGAGAAAUUAAUUUGCCAUGGACUAAAUAUUUACAGGGAUAUUUUCUCUGUUCAGGGUUUUAAAUUGUUCUAUAACAAAGUACAAUUUCACUCUGGACUGACUAUGUAAAAACAGGCCCUUCCACUCUGCUGUUCUACUCAAAAUCAUCCCUGUUGCCUCCUAGACAAGAGCAAGUUUUAGUUAUGCAAGGAUGACAGAAGCAGACACACAGUUUUGGGGAGAGAACUGGAUUCUCUUUUGGCUGGAUCCUUAUCAAGAUUAAUUUAAAUAUUGUCUACAUGGGGGAAAUUGACUAGCAUAGCUAUUCCAGAAUAACUAUUCUGGUAUAAUGUAAGUAUUCUGGAAAAAUUCUCCUGCAUGCACACUCUAUUCUGGAAUUAAAAUGAUUUUUUUCUGGAAUAAUUACUCGGCUUCUGAAGUCACUUUUAUUUCGGAGAAGUGUGUCCACACAGGAGAGUUAUUCUGCAAUAGCUACGCUAAUCAAUUUCCCCACAUAGAGAAGAUGUAAGGUCCAAUUGCAAGACCAUCUUUGCAACCCGAUUGUCUUCAAAUUAUUCCCUCAUUUACCCCAGUGUCAUUUCUCUGAGGGCAAUAAGGUUGCACAGACAAUGACCAUGGGUUUAUUGGUAGUAGCACCUAGAUAUUCUGGAAAUGGGCAGCCUAAGUCUAUGAGAUUUGGUCUACACACAAUUAUUUUAGUAAUAUAACUGUUGAAGUUAGAGGUGUGAUUUUUUUCUAUUGAAAUAGCUAAAUUGGUCCAGCCUCUAAGCCAGAUGUAGUUGUACUGGUAUAAAGGUGCCUUAUAGUUGAUUCCUCUUCCCAAACAUGAAUAGCUAUAUAGGUAAUGACACCUCUUUUUCUACAUAGCUGUCUACAGUAGUGAGAUUGUGCUGCCUAAACUAUACCAGUAUAACCAAAGCAGUACAAUUCUUGUUUGUAAGUAAGGUCUGAGCAUUAGAUUUUUGGGACAAUGGGAUUACAUAAAUGUAACUGAAGGCAGCUUUGGGCCUGUAGAACCUUGAUAGUGCACAAAUAAAAAGUAAUACCUCGCUCUUAUAUAGUGUGUUUUUUCUUCAGUAGCUCUCAGUGAAUUUUACAAAGGCAGUCAGUAUUACUAUUCCCAUUUUACAGAUGGGGAAACUGAUGCACAGGGAAGAGAAGUGUCUUGCCUCAAGUACCCAGCAGGCCAGUAGCAGAGCCAAGAAUAGAACCCGAAUCACCAGAAUCUUAGUCUAGUGCUCAAGCCACUAAAAUAAUGUAGCUUAACUAUCAGAUCUCAAGCUAGCCCCAUGGUAGCGGGGUUAAAAAAAAAAACACCUUUGUCUUACCUGUAAAUUCAGCAAAUGUGAUCUGGAAAUCAUUGAGACAAAAUACAAGGAGCUACAUAGAACCAUUUUAAUGAAGUCACUUCCACGGGACAACCACAAUUUAACUUAAAAAACAAACAAACAAACAGCAGAGCAGCUCACAGCAGGAGUUUGCCUGGGAGUUCGCCUGGAGUGAGCCCAGUGAGGCUUACGUCUUGCAAACUGCUCUGAGGAAGCUCGUAGUAGGAAGGUGAUAUGGAAGGGGGGGGUUCAGCUGUUGUGACCUGCACUGGAUGUGCCAUGUUUGUCUUUCUUCCACAGGACAGAAGCGACUUUGUCUGUACAAAGUGCAAGCUGGUCUCCAUAUUGGAAGAGAAGAUUGAAGGUCUGGAGCAACAGAUAACAACCCUGCGUUGCAUACGAGAAACUGAGGAUUUUCUGGACAAAACUCAGGAUAGGCUUCUAGGGGCACAAAGCUCUAAAGAUAUAGAGCAGGUUGCACAGAGAAGCCAAGAGGCCAGUGAAGAAGCUUGGCAACAUGUGACCUCCAGAAGAGGUAAGCGGAAUGUCCGGGUUCCAGUAACACAGACACAGGUAACUAACCGCUUUCAUGUUCUCUCCAGAGGUAUCGUUGCGGAGAGUGGACCAGAUGAUAUGUCUGGGGCGAGAAAGCAGAAGGAGACUCCGCUGGUUGGAAGGCAUGAGAUGCUAUGUCCUGAGGUUGGGGGUUCCACGACCACCACUCCCAAGAGGAGAAGGCGGGUGGUGGUGGUCGGGGACUCUCUCCUCUGGGGGACUGAGUCAUCUAUCUGCCGCCCUGACCGGGAAAACCGAGAAGUCUGCUGCUUGCCAGGGGCUAAGAUUCGCGAUGUGACGGAGAGACUGCCGAGACUCAUCAAGCCCUCGGAUCGCUACCCCUUCCUGCUUCUCCAUGUGGGCACCAAUGAUACUGCCAAGAAUGACCUUGAGCGGAUCACUGCGGACUAUGUGGCUCUAGGAAGAAGGAUAAAGGAGUUGGAGGCGCAAGUGGUGUUCUCGUCCAUCCUCCCCGUGGAAGGAAAAGACCUAGGUAGGGACCGUUGAAUCGUGGAAGUCAACGAAUGGCUACGCAGGUGGUGUCGGAGAGAAGGCUUUGGAUUCUUUGACCAUGGGAUGGUGUUCCAUGAAGGAGGAGUGCUGGGCAGAGACGGGCUCCAUCUUACGAAGAGAGGGAAGAGCAUCUUUGCCAGCAGGCUGGCUAACCUAGUGAGGAGGGCUUUAAACUAGGUUCACCGGGGGAAGGAGACCAAAGCCCUGAGGUAAGUGGGAAAGCGGGAUACCGGGAGGAAGCACAGGCAGGAAUGUCUGUGAGGAGAGGGCUCCUGCCUCAUACUGGGAAUGAGAGGUGAUCAACAGGUUAUCUCAAGUGCUUAUAUACAAAUGCACAAAGCCUUGGAAACAAGCAGGGAGAACUGGAGGUCCUGGUGAUGUCAAGGAACUAUGACGUGAUCGGAAUAACAGAGACUUGGUGGGAUAACUCACAU